AUGGGACCCAGUAGUCCACCACUCCAAUCACACCCAUGGUACCCAGUAGUCCACCACUCCAAUCACACCCAUGGGACCCAACAGUCCACUCCGACCAAACCCAUGGUACCCAGUAGUCCACUCCGACCAAACCCAUGGUACCCAGCAGUCCACCACUCCAAUCACACCCAUGGGACCCAACAGUCCACUCCGACCAAACCCAUGGUACCCAGUAGUCCACUCCGACCAAACCCAUGGUACCCAGCAGUCCACCACUCCAAUCACACCCAUGGGACCCAACAGUCCACUCCGACCAAACCCAUGGUACCCAGCAGUCCACCACUCCAAUCACACCCAUGGUACCCAGCAGUCCACUCCGACCAAACCCAUGGUACCCAGCAGUCCACCACUCCAAUCACACCCAUGGGACCCAACAGUCCACUCCGACCAAACCCAUGGCACCAAACAGUCCACCACUCCAAUCACACCCAUGGUACCCAGCAGUCCACUCCGACCAAACCCAUGGUACCCAGCAGUCCACCAUUCCAAUCACACCCAUGGCACCCAACAGUCCACUCCGACCAAACCCAUGGCACCAAACAGUCCACCACUCCAAUCACACCCAUGGCACCCAGCAUUCCACCAUUCCAAUCACACCCAUGGCACCCAGCAGUCAACCAUUCUAAUCGCACCCAUGGUACCCAGCAGUCCACCAUUCCAAUCACACCCAUGGUACCCAGCAGUCCACCACUCCAAUCACACCCAUGGAACCCAACAGUCCACUCCGACCAAACCCAUGGCACCCAACAGUCCACCACUCCAAUCACACCCAUGGCACCCAGCAUUCCACCACUCCAAUCACACCAGCAGUCCACCACUCCAAUCACACCCAUGACACCCAGCAGCCUACCACUCCAAUCACAACCAUGGCACCCAGCAGUCCACCACUCCAAUCACACCCACGACACCCAGCAGUCCACCACUCCAAUCACACCCAUGACACCCAGCAGCCUACCACUCCAAUCACAACCAUGA